AAUUCGUUUUAAAGUUUAUAGAAAUUUUGGGGGAAUUUAUGUUGACUUUGGCAACAUUGAAAGUUGUACAGUACUCGUCCCACCAUUUUAAAUUGUUGGCGGAAGGUCACCGAACAGUUGCGAGUUCCCCAGGAAGGUUCCUUAAAUUACACAGGUACAGUGAACUCGCCUCCGUCAACCACACCGGACGAGACAAAAAUUUUCAUCGGAAUUGACGAAAACCCCGGAUAAGACUGUUUAAUACCAGGACAAGACUAUUUCUCGGCUUAGACAAGACUACGGUCUAGACAAAUACCAGAAUGGACGACAUUCUUUUAGCAAGGCUUAGGCUCAUUAAUGACAAACUCACAACAGACUUAGAAGUAAUUCCGGUUACUGUUAAUUUAGAAAAUUUAGUGCAAGCUCAGAUUACCUACGGUAAAUUAGAAGCAUCACUGAAAAGACUUAACGGAGAUCUGACGGAGUACUUUAGGCUGGCUUCGACACCCGCAUCGGAUGAAAUCUACUUGAUAAGUGGACUUCAACUUCAAGCAGAAGAGACUUUAGCGGAACUUAAGGUGAAGAUCGACCAAAUAUCUACAUCAAGCAAACCAUCAGAGAAGCUGACUGAAGCGAACUCCUCGUGCAGACUUCCUAAGCUUCAGCUGCCGGUGUAUAAUGGGGAUGUACUGGCGUGGUAUGAAUUUUGGGAUGCCUUCAGAAGCAACAUCGAUGCAAGGAACCUGCCGGAAGUGGACAAGCUUUCAUAUCUUAAGACUUCAGUCAAGGGAGAUGCCAAAAAAGCCAUUGACGGUCUAGCGACUACUAGCACCAACUAUGCUAUUGCGGUUUCAAUACUGAAAGAAAGGUUCGGGAAAACUUCACAUCUCAUAGAUGCGCAUUAUGCCACAUUAUAUAAAAUUAAGAUGGCCAAAGGCAAUGCGGAUGAUUGCAGAAGGACUUUCAACGAGAUUGAAAGGAACCUUAAGAUUUUAGAAUCACUAGGUGAGAACAUUAAUCAUAAUCACCUGCGCUUCAUGCUACUAGAGAAGUUUCCUUCUGAUCUAGUAUAUGAGAUAAAACUUAAAGUUAAGGAUGAUUCCAUUCAAGAACUGAGAAGCCAAAUGGACAAAAUAAUCACUGCCAAGGAGGAUGCGGAGAGGAUAUCGAGUAGGAAACGCCCUCUGGACUCAGAAGCUAGUACGGUCGGGAUUCUUCAUGUGAAUGCGAAACGCGCGAGAUACGCAAGUCAGUCCCAACUACAUCACAGUAAACAGAGUAAACAAAACCAGCAGAGAGACUUCGAUAAGCGACCUGUACAGAAGAAGUUUAAGGGUUUCAAGAAAAAUAGCAAUAGAGGCAACAGACCAAACCAAGCUUCAACUUCAAGCAAGGAUCAGAAAGAAACUCAGCGAAGUCCUCAAGAGGUCAGGAAGGGAUUGGAUUGUAUAUUUUGCAAAGGGGGCCAUUAUAACGAUAGCUGCCCUGAAGCAUCUACUUUAGCCGAAAGGAAGAAACGACUUGAAGGACGAUGCUUCAUCUGUUUCAAGCAGAAUCACUUGGCAAAAGACUGUAAGAGUAAGAAAAAAUGCGCUCGCUGCCAUAGUGAAGUACUGCAUAAUCGAGCAUUAUGUCCUUCAAAUUUUCAGAAGGAUACAACGGAGAAGAAACAGUCCUGA